AGAUGUAACACAGAAAGCUUACUAGAAGGGGAGAGAAAAGAGAAAAAAAAGCAGUGGUGAAGGGGUUUGUGAAGAAUGGGGUUUGAGGGAGAGAAUGAGAGUGAAAGUGAGGAACAGAAGAAGAUAGGACGGUUAGCCUUGUUCUCCAUCCCACGAAUGGCGUCCCCAGAGAGAUCAGGAAUGGCUACUCCGCCACUUCACACCUCCGCAGCUGUUCCUUUUCGCUGGGAAGAACAACCAGGAAAACCAAGGCCAUGCAGUGCCCUCAUCCCUUUCUCCAACCCCGCCGACAUCCUUCCCAAGUCCUUGGAACUCCCUCCGAGGUUGCUCAUACCCUCUCCCUAUGUCACUUCCAACACCUUUCGUUCUCCCUCCUUCACAAUCGCUGCCUCCAACUGCUAUGGUUCUGAUACCAAGGUUCUUGGGGCCAUGGUUCUCUCCAAAGCCGGGGACUUCAAGGACUCUCUCUGGUUCGGUUCUUGGAAGAAAAAGCCCUUCAAACUCAGAAAAAGAGAGGUCACUGGGGCCAGUCACGUCUUUCCUUCGUCUUCUUCUUCUUCCACUGAUUUUAAGGACACUGAAACCAUCUCAAGCAUCAAACGUUCUGGCGUCUGGACAAGUAUUUGUGAAGGGUUGAAGCUGGUGGUUCCACGGAGGAGUAAAAAAGUGAAGAAAGAUGGGUGUGGCGGUGGCCUUAAACCAUAGGGCCAUAUUUCAAUUUGUUUGGAAUGCAUUAUCUGGUGAAAAAUGAGUUCUUUAGGAGCUAUCCAAUGGUUCUGAUGAUAUUUUACUUUAUGAGAUGACUGUGACACAUAGAAGGGUUGCAGACAGAAAGUCUGUUUCUUCUGCUGCUAUGCUCUGCACUAAAACUUGAUGCUUGUAACCUGCAAAGAUGUAUAUGAUAUUUAUUUACUUGCUUUAGUUGUUUAGCUGGUAAGAAUUGUUGUUAAUAGAAGUAGGUAUUAUGAUUAUCAAAGUGGUGGGAAGAAGGCAUUGUUAAAGUCUCCGUCUUAUCUUAUGGUCAUGGCCCGUGGAAAAUGACAUGGACACACAUCACACUUCACAAGUUUCUUCAUGUUUUGUCGGUACAAUAUCAAUGAGGGCUUAAUUAACAAAUUAAAUAUUUUACA